AUGUCUAUCAAGAAGAGCGAAAAAGGCAACACAUGGUCGUGUCCCGACACAGCUGCAUUUGACUUUCGUGGAGAUGUGCGAACAAGACCAACUGCUUCAAUGCUGGAAGCCUUAUCCACAGCCAGCCUCGAAGAUGAUGUCUCAGGAAUUGAUCCGACUACAGAUGACUUGCAAAAAUAUAUGGCUAAACUGACCUCAAAACCGGCCGGUCUGUUCGUUCUAUCUGGAACAAUGGGAAACAUCGUUUCUCUGCGCAGUCUUCUAACACAACCUCCGUACGCAGUUUUGUGUGAUUCACGUUCCCACAUUCUGAACAACGAAUCGGGGGGAGCAUUUGCGUUUACCGGAGCCAUACCACAAGUUGUGCAGCCCGCUAAUGGGAGGUUUCUGACAUUGGAAGAUAUAUUACCGCAUAUCCAACUCGAUGAUGGCAAACAGAUACACAGAACUCCGACUCGGGUGAUAUCACUAGAAAACACACUUCAUGGCAUGGUCACGCCGCUGGCUGAAACCCGACGGAUUUGCAAUUAUGCGCACCAACAUGGCAUUCAGGUGCAUUUGGAUGGAGCACGGCUCUGGGAAGCCGUUGCUUCCGGCGAAGGAUCGUUGUCGGAUUACGGUCCGUUGUUUGAUACAAUGACCUUGUGCUUUGCUAAAGGCCUAGGGGCCCCUGCUGGUGCUGUUGUUGUUGGUAGCGAAGCUGUUGUCCGUCGUGCGCGUUGGAUAAAACAGAGUAUUGGUGGAGGGAUACGUCAACCAGGUCCGUUGUGUGCCAUUGCUCGUGUUGCUAUUGACGAGGUCUUCUCUGCUGGUUUUCUCGAAAAGACGCAUCUCAUUGCAAGGGAUAUUGCAGCGACAUGGCAGAAACACGGAGGCAAAUUGAAGUUCCCUACAGAGACGAAUAUGGUCUGGCUAGAUUUUGAAGGACUAGAUUUCACUUUGGAGGAUCUCAUAAAAGAAGCAGCAGCCAGAAGGUUGUCUAUUCUACGGCCUCGCUUAGUGUUUCAUUAUCAAAUAUGCGAGGAAGCCGUCGAUGCUCUCAAGAAUGCAUUCGAUAAUCUUUUUCUUAAGAUCACAAAGAAAUAA